AUGACUUAUGCGACUGCUGCGCCCGCGACUUCUGGUGGACAACCAGGCUCUCCGCCUGUGUGUCAAAACUGCACUACGAGCACCACUCCACUCUGGCGCCGCGAUGAGUCGGGCUCUGUUCUCUGCAACGCCUGCGGCUUGUUCCUGAAGCUGCACGGCCGACCACGCCCCAUCUCGCUGAAGACAGAUGUCAUUAAGAGCCGCAAUCGCGUGAAGACCGGCGGGCCUGGCGCGCGCAAGAAGGCUGGCGAAACCAACGGCCUUCCUGCUGCACACCCAGAUGCCGACGGCUCUCUGGCCCUCGCUCAACACCGCCGCACGUCGGGCAAGAUCUCGUCAGGCCUCUCUGAUCGUUCACAAUCGCCCAUCUCGCGAACCGGCACGCCCAACUUCCUGCACCCCUCCAACAUUGCGCCUCAGCACAUGUUCGAGCAGGCUCUAAAUGGCGAUGUCUUCCACUCCUCCGCACUCAGCGCCUUUGGCCACCGUGCGCCCUCCCCCGCAAACUCUUCGAUCAACGGCAUGGAAGCUCCUCUGGCGGCGCAGAACACUGCGCUCAAGACUCGAGUAUCGGAAAUGGAACUCAUCAACGAUCUCUUCCGAAAUCGCGUUACCGAGCUUGAGACUAGCGAGAGCGCCGCGAAAGAGACCGAGGCCAAACUGCGUGCAGAGCUCGAGGAGGUCAGGCAGCGCGAGUCUAGUCUGAAGCGGCGACUCGAUGAGCUGGACGAGAGCCCUCGGCAUAAGAAGCCGCGCUUCAGCGACAUCAGCGACCUCGUCGACGAGACACGCGCCGGCUCGCCCAUCAAUGCCAUGACGGAGUAA